UCUCGAAACCAUGAAACUUAGAUACGUACUUAGCACCACCUUCGCCAGCCUCGCUUCGACGACGAUUCUUAUUUUAGUUCUUUAUCAUGUUUUCACUGGUAAAGGAGAACGUGUCAGUAUUGGAUGGUUUCUUGAAAGUAGUUCCCCGUACAUGUGGGCUACUCUUGGUAUUGGUCUCACCGUUGCACUUUCUGUUGUUGGUGCAGCUUUAGGUAUUCAUACAACGGGAGUCUCCAUUAUUGGUGGUGGUGUAAAGGCACCUCGAAUUAAGACUAAAAACUUAAUUUCUGUUAUCUUCUGUGAAGCCGUUGCUAUAUAUGGUCUUAUCACAGCCAUUGUACUUUCUGGUAUGCUCGAAGAGUUCAGUGAUGAUAAGUUAGAGGAAUCUAUUCAACUUAAAGCUCAGAACUAUAUGGCAGGGCAUCUUAUGUUUGGUGCUGGUGUGGCUGUAGGCUUCGUAAAUCUAUUCUGUGGAAUUGCAGUUGGAAUUGUUGGUUCUGGUGCAGCUCUAUCAGAUGCAGCAAACUCAGCUCUUUUCGUAAAGAUACUUAUUGUCGAAAUAUUCGGCUCUGCCAUUGGUCUCUUUGGACUUAUUGUUGGCAUUUAUAUGACUUCAAAAGUCAAAAUGGGAAAUUCUUCAAACUAAGCUGAUCUUCAUAGAUCGUAUCUACAAAGAAGUAUUACAACAUUUGUUUUUCAAAGAAAAAGAGAAUUUAAAUAAUUUUUCUUUCUUUAAUAAUUGACGUUGCAUCGUAUAAAGUAGAGAAAGACGGGUAAAUGAAUCAUUGAACUCCGUUUAAGUAUUCUCGUAUAAAAGAAAGAAAAGUUAUAUUAUAUAUCAAUGAGCGGAGAUUCGAUUAAUCUUUGACGUAUUUCGUAUGCAAAUGAAGACAAAAGACUAGUUUAUUGUCUUCGAAUAAUCUUGUCGCUUAAUUUUGAGACAAGUUUUCGGUCUCAAUUUUAACCAACAAAUUUGUUGUCUUCUUGUUACAAUAUAAUUGUUGUAAAUAUUAUUUAAAUCGCUAAGUUUCAUACACUUAUUUUUUCUGAUAAGUCAUAGAAAUUUCUUUUUCAUGUUGUUAAAAAAAUUAUAUCAGCGUUUUGAGAUAUUAUGAAC